AUGGCACCUCCAAAUACAAAUACGAAACCAAAAGCUACAGCCGCUUUUAAAGCUAUGAGAAAAUUGGGUGUACCACCUGAAACAAUUACAAAAAAUUUGAAGAAAUUACUGGAUUUGUAUGAUAAAAAUUGGUCAUUUAUUGAAGAAGAUAAUUACAGGGUUUUAACUGAUGUAAUUUUUCAAUCACAAGAAGAAGAAGAAACCCAGAAGUUAAAGGAAGCAAAUUUUGAAGCUCCAUUGUCUGUAUCACCAUCACUGGAGCCUUCAGGGGGUGGUGGCGGCGGCUAUGUGAUUAGGGGAGAAGAUGAAGCUGAAUUUGGGUGUUUUUUACCACAAGAUGGACCUGUUAAACAGAAAGGAAAAUUGUUGGUUUCUAGUAGAUUUGGCUCAAGGGAGGAGGGAAUAUCUGGGUCAAAAAGACCAUCUGAUGAAUGGGGAAAUGCCCAGUUUAAAGUCCCAAAAUCAGUGGUCUACCCAAGUGCAUCUGCUCCAAUUAUAAAUCAAGGAAAUUUGAAGACUGCAAGCAUUACAAAUUCAUCUGCUUCUGAUGUAGAGAUCGCUUCUUCAGAACGGGGAGAGGUUAAAAUCUCAAUGCACCUGCCACACUUCUGCAUGCCAAAUCUGGAUUCAGUUUUCAAGAUGGUGGAGGAAAAGUGCAUGGAGACCUACAAGAUAACAGAUCCAGAUUUUUCUUUAAAGAAUCUGAUGAUAGAGUUGUGUGAAUCUUGUUUGGAAGCUGUAAAUGAGACUGGAAAGGAUGCAAAGGGCCUUGUGAAUGGGAUACGAGUCCCUGAUUCCUUCAAGAAAUCUUCUGGGGAUUUUACAUCCGAUAAUAUGCUCAUUCGUUCAGGAAAGGGAAAAGUGCCACAUACAUGGAAUCAUAACAGUACCUCAUUACAUUGA